UUCACCAUUUUGACAGGUCGACGAUCACCAUGUCCAAACUUGUUGACAUUCUUAGUUUUGUAGUUUUCAAAUGUUACCUAAUCCAUAUUCUGAAAUUGUUGCAUACACACGGACUAGUGUGUAGUUAACAAUAACUUAACUUUUAAAGUUUGAAAAGGUCAGGGAUAUUUUUAGUUUGCAUUCUCAAGGGAGGAAAAAAAAUAAGAUUUUGUCGACAGCUGUUUCUUUUUUUUCUUUCCACAAUGAAAAUACAUAUUCACCGUCUGUUACUGUCGAUAGUUUUAGUCAGAUCAAUUGAAAUGGCAUAAUAUGGUGUGGGAAGUGAAGACAAAACCAAUGCCCAACAGUGUGCAGAAAGUUCAGUUGCUGGUGGAUAAGAGAGUUUCAGGAAUGGAUGACACGUUUGAGAUGCUGAAGUGUGAUGAAGACCUCCCGUCUUCACCUGGAUAUCCCUCCAGUGAGAAUCGCAUGGAGUAUGAUGACCUUCCUGAAUUGCAAGCUGUACAGGAAGAUACAGCCUCACCUAAAGUAUUUCAACUCAGUGCUGGAGUGUCUCAUCAAGAGCACCCAAGGAGUAUUUGGAAUCCACAUACAUCAAGCUUAUCAGACAAUGCAGGCUCUCCAAGCAAUGGCACGAACUGGCUGACUGAACUGGCCAACAUAGCAACCAGUCCACAGAGUCCACUUAUGCAGUGCACAUUUUACAACAGAUCAUCUCCUGUACACAUAAUAGCAACAAGCAAAAGUUUACAUUCCUAUGCUCGUCCUCCUCCAUCCACUUCAAACAGUGAACCAAGAUUCUCAGAGACCCGCUGGAAAGAACGGGCUGUAGUUAAGCACGAGCGGGCAAACAGCGAAUCAGAGUCUGGCAUUUUUUGCAUGUCUUCACUUUCAGAUGACGAUGAUCUAGGUUGGUCCCACUCAUGGCCCUCGACUGCUUGGCAUUGCUUUUUAAAAGGAACCCGCUUGCGCUUUCAUAAGGGACAUAAUAUAGAGUGGCAGGAUGCCGAGGACCUGGCAGAUUCUGAAGAUGAGUUUGAAGAUGAGAGACACCCACAAAACCAUUACAUUAACAAGAGCUAUGGUUCUGACGGUCUAAAAUUAGUGGCACAUGAAGAAACUGUUUCUUUUGGGCAGUCAGUACUGAAAUUGACUUUUGACCCUGGCUCACCAGAAGAUGGGGCAUUAACAGCAGAAUGCAGUUUGGAUCAUCCCUUUUUUGUGAAAAGUAAAGGUUGGUCUUCCUUUUAUCCGAGCCUCACAGUUGUUCAGCAUGGAAUCCCCUGUUAUGAGAUGCAGGUUGGAGAUAUAUGUCUGCCUCCAGGACACCCCGGUGCCAUCAAUUUCGAUGAUUCAGUUGUUUUUGACACUUUCAGGAGUUAUGACUUCACCCCUCUGGAUUCCUCUGCGGUGUAUGUAUUGAGCAGCAUGGCCCGGCAGCGCCGUGCAUCCCUCUCCAGUGGAGGUGCCAUCAGUCCAGACUGUGAAAAAUCAAACCCAGACUUUGUGCCUUCAUCCCAGCCAUCCUGUACAUUUUAUAAUAAAUCUAACAAAAGUAACAGCUCAGGGACAACUAGCAGUGCCACAGUCAACAAGUGCAAACGACCAAUGAAUGCCUUCAUGCUCUUUGCAAAAAAAUACAGAGUUGAGUAUACGCAGAUGUACCCAGGGAAGGAUAACAGAGCCAUAAGUGUGAUUCUUGGUGAUCGGUGGAAGAAGAUGAAAAAUGAGGAAAGGAGGAUGUACACAAUGGAAGCCAAGGCACUGGCAGAAGAACAGAAGCGUUUGAAUCCAGAUUGUUGGAAAAGAAAACGAACCAACUCUGGUUCUCAGCAAAACUAGGCGCUUUGGUAUGGGUGUUGUUAACAGAAUCUUCAUUUGCAAUACGAACUGGAUGUAAGUAAGGACAUAAGACAACCUUCCAUGUCUCUGCGAGUCUGUAUACUUUGAUGGGAAAAUCUGCUUUUUAAUUGGAGACAUUUUUUAAAAACAUUUAUUUUAGUCACUAACUAUGCUUAAAGGUCUUAUUUUUUAAUGACCGAAAUGCCUUACUCUUCCAAAGUAAAAAUUAAGUUUUCUUUUCAGGUAAUUAUAUUUUAUAGGCUUGAAAACUGAAACCCUGUGGUGCUAAUGUAGGGCGCAAAGGAGUUAUAUACAAAUAUCUUAUAAAUGUAAAAAGGGGGAUUUUAAAUGCUUUAUCAUAGCUGUUUAUAUAAUUAUAUUUGUAUAACUCAUAUAUUGCACAACCAAUGUAUUUCAUUUACCUUUAAAAUGUCUUGACAGGUUGGGAAAAAAUAAUGUAAUCUUAAAUAUGUAGCUGGGGUUUCUCCCAAAUAUAUUUUGUGGGUGUCCUGUAUAAGAUUUAAAUUGCCAUAUAUUUUACUAUGCGUGGGGUGGGCACACAUUUCACUUGGGGGAAGACUUACCUUAAGUGUUUUUGCACUUUAUUGUAUCUAAUACAACCAAUAAAUGUCUCUCUGAAAAAUCAGUUACCAAUAACACAAUCAUAGCUACAAUAUACAGCUUGUAUUCUGCUUUGCAUUACCUUUGACUCAUUUUGUCAAUAAUGUUGUACAGAUUUGUUGCCCCACCACACUUUUGCACAAAAUGUUAUUAUAUUAUAAAUAAAAGUUUAAACAUGUGUUGA